AUGAAGAAAAUAUAUAGUAUUUUCUUUUCUUUAUUUAUUUUGAAUCUUCAUAUAUAUAUAAAAAAUAUCAAAUGCAAUGACCUAAUAAAUUAUAAUGAUUCGAAUCUAAGAAACGGAUUACUAAAUAAUAGUUUAGAUUUAACAAAUGGAUUAAAUAACAAAGAUAACAGUUUUAUUGAUUCUAAAAUUGAAGAACAUGAAAAUAAAUCUUACCAAAAUAAAGAUAAUAAUAUCUCUAUCGUUGGACAAGAUGUGCCUAUUACAUCGGUAUAUUCUUCUAAAAUUAUAAAUGCUAAUGAUUUAGAAGGAAAUAGUAUUGACGAUACUAAAGGUCUUAGUGUUACUAAUAGUGGAUUUGAUGAUGGUAGUGCUUUUGGUGGUGGACUCCCUUUUUCUGGUUAUUCUCCUCUACAAGGAAAUCAUAAUAAAUGUCCUGAUGAAAAUUUUUGUAAGGGUAUUAAAAAUGUCUUAUCCUGUCCUCCAAAAAAUUCUACUGGUAGAAAUGGGGAUUGGAUUAGUGUGGCUGUUAAAGAAAGUUCAACUACAAAUAAAGGUGUUCUUGUUCCCCCCAGAAGAACAAAAUUAUGUCUAAGAAAUAUUAACAAGGUUUGGCAUCGAAUCAAAGACGAGAAAAAUUUUAAAGAAGAAUUUGUUAAAGUUGCUUUAGGAGAAUCAAAUGCUUUAAUGAAACAUUAUAAAGAAAAAAAUCUGAAUGCCCUUACAGCUAUAAAAUAUGGAUUUUCAGAUAUGGGAGAUAUAAUAAAGGGAACAGACCUAAUUGACUAUCAAAUUACUAAAAAUAUAAAUAGGGCAUUAGAUAAAAUAUUACGUAAUGAAACAAGUAAUGACAAAAUUAAAAAACGUGUAGACUGGUGGGAAGCUAAUAAAAGUGCAUUCUGGGAUGCAUUCAUGUGUGGAUAUAAAGUUCAUAUCGGAAAUAAACCAUGUCCAGAACAUGAUAAUAUGGACAGAAUACCACAAUAUCUUAGAUGGUUUAGAGAAUGGGGAACAUAUGUUUGCAGCGAAUAUAAAAAUAAGUUUGAGGAUGUAAUAAAAUUAUGUAAUAUCCAACAAUUUACAAACCAGGAUGAUUCACAACUAUUAGAAAUAUCAAAAAAGGAUAAAUGUAAAGAAGCAUUAAAGCAUUAUGAAGAAUGGGUUAAUAGAAGGAGACCUGAAUGGAAAGGCCAAUGUGAUAAAUUUGAAAAAGAAAAAAGUAAAUAUGAAGAUACUAAAAGUAUAACUGCUGAAAAAUAUUUAAAAGAAAUAUGUUCUGAAUGUGAUUGUAAAUAUAAAGAUUUGGAUAAUACAUUUAAAGAAUUUAAAGAUAACGUUACACUUCUUAAAGCAGUAAUUGAUAACAAAAAAAAUCAAGAUUCUCUAACAACCACUUCUUUAUCAACGUCUAUUAAUAGUGUUAGGGAUUCUAGUAAUCUAGAUCAACGAGGGAAUAUAACAACAUCUCAAGGAAAUUCACACCGUGCAACUGUUGUGCAACAAGUUGAUCAAACCAACAGAUUAGAUAAUGUAAACUCUGUAACGCAAAGAGGAAAUAAUAACUACAACAAUAAUUUAGAGCGUGGAUUGGGUUCUGGUGCUCUUCCUGGUACAAAUAUUAUUACUGAAGAAAAAUAUUCUCUAGAAUUAAUAAAAUUAACAUCAAAGGAUGAAGAAGAUAUUAUAAAGCAUAAUGAGGAUGUGAGAGAAGAAAUAGAAGAACAACAAGAAGACAUCGAGGAAGAUGAAGAAGAAUUGGAAAAUGAAGGAGAAGAAACAAAAGAAGAAGAUGAUGAAGAAAAGAAUGAAACAAAUGAUACGGAAGAUACGGACGAUACUGAAGAUACGGAAGAUAUAGAAGAGGAAAAUAAGGAAAAAGAACUCAGUAAUCAACAACAAAGUGAAAAAAAAAGUAUUUCAAAAGUUGACGAAGAUUCAUAUCGAAUACUAUCAGUAAGUUAUAAGGACAAUAAUGAAGUAAAAAAUGUUGCUGAAUCUAUAGUGAAAAAACUAUUUAGUUUAUUUAAUGAUAAUAAUAAUUUGGAAACUAUUUUUAAGGGUUUGACAGAAGAUAUGACAGAUUUAUUUCAAAAAUAA